GAGAAGUAAUGGUGUGUCUGUACUAACAUCAGCUGUUAAUACAAAGUAGGAGGGCUCAGGGCAAGCAUCAGGAAACAGCCGUGUGUGUAGCAGUGGUAACAUCACCCUUUACCCGUACGGGUCUGGAGUAGUUCCUGGCUAUGGCUUCCUAGCUGACAGACAGUAAAGGGCUUUGAACGGGGCGCCCUGGAUUCAAGCUCAGUAUCACAGUGUUGAAAGAAAGGAAGAUCGAAAGAUCGGAUCGUACACCCUCCACCGAAAAUGAAGUCAGGGGUGUUAAGCAAUGGACGGGUCUCUUUAGUGGAAUACCUAAAUCAGAGGGGGCUUAGAGGGAAUGAGCACCCCUAUACACUGAAAGAAAGAUUGCAGAGGACUCGGCUGGAGAAUAGCAAAAACCUUUACAAAACGGAUUUAUAUGGCCACUUUGGCUGUGUCAACGCCAUCGAAUUCUCUAACCGUGGAGGGGAGCUACUUGUCUCAGGAGGUGAUGAUCGUCGAGUGUUACUAUGGCAUAUAGAAAAGUCUAUUCACAACAGGGCUAAGCCUCUUCAGCUGAAAGGACAACACCAGUCAAACAUCUUCUGUCUUGCCUUCGACAGCGAGAACACUCGGAUCUUCUCUGGAGGUAAUGAUGAGCAAGUCAUACUUCAUGACCUUGAAAGUGGUCAUACUGUAGAUGUUUUUCCACAUGAGGAAGCAGUAUAUGGGCUGUCUGUGAAUCCCGUCAACGACAAUGUUUUUGCCAGCUCUGCAGAUGAUGGUAGAGUCCUUAUUUGGGAUAUUCGGGAGUCUGUCAGUGGAGAACCAUUUUGUCUAGCACACUAUCCCUCAGCAUUUCACAGUGUGAUGUUUAAUCCAGCGGAGCCCAGAUUACUAGCAACAGCCAAUUCUAAGGAAGGAGUAGGUCUAUGGGAUAUUCGCAAGCCACGCAGUGCCUUGUUAAGAUAUGGGGGAAAUCUCUCCUUACAAAGUGCCAUGAGUGUUCGAUUCAAUGGAAAUGGAACUCAGUUGUUGGCUUUACGUCGCCGUCUUCCUCCUGUUCUCUAUGACAUCCACAGCAGACUACCUGUCUUCCAGUUUGAUAAUCAAGGCUAUUUUAAUUCUUGUACCAUGAAGAGCUGUUGCUUUGCAGGAGACCAUGAUCAGUAUAUCUUGUCUGGAUCAGAUGACUUCAAUUUGUAUAUGUGGAGGAUUCCAUCAGAUCCUGAAGCAGGUGGUCCUGGCAGAGUUGUAAAUGGAGCCUUUCUUGUACUCAAGGGCCAUCGCUCCAUAGUAAACCAAGUCCGAUUCAACCGGUACAACUACAUGAUCUGCUCCUCUGGUGUGGAGAAGAUAAUAAAGGUGUGGAGUCCAUACAGGCAGCCAGAGUGCUCAGGAGACCUGGAAGGAAAAGUGGAGGAUGAAUCACGCUCGUUGUAUAGCCAUGAAGAGUAUAUAAGUCUCGUUUUAAGUAGUAGGAGUGGAGACCUUUCUCAUGAUUAUGCCAACCAGUCCAUUCAGGAAGAUCCCAGGAUGAUGGCUUUUUUUGACUCCCUUGUGCGUCGAGAAAUUGAGGGUUGGAGUUCAGACUCUGAAAGUGAUGUUAGUGCAAGCACUAUUCUGCAGCUGCGUACAGGUGAUCGCUCUGCUUACAGUGACUCUGAGUCUUCCACUUCCUUGCCUCAGUUUCCCCGACAGGCUGAAGAGUCAGAAGAGACAGUGUUUAACCUUGGUCUUCGGGCAACUUCUGACCCAACUGGUACUAGAGAAGAUGUGAUCUCCCGCCAGAAAAGGCUUAUGGCACUUAGGAGGUAUCAAGAUGCACGUUUGCUGGCUCUAAAUGACUCCGACUCUGAUGAUAACAAUUACCAUCAGAUGGAUACAGAUUCAGACACUGACCCCAUCCCCAGACCAAGGUCACCAAGCCCUGAAAAUGAUACUAGUAGCACCAGCAGUGAGGAGGAAGAUGAACUCAACAAAAGGCGAGCUUCUACACGACAGCGUAAUGCAUCAAGGCAAAAGCCCAAACCAAAACUUGAGGAGAGAACAGAUACUAAUCCAGAAAAUACAGAUAUUUGCCCAGGAGUAGACAUCUUUGAAUAUCCACAGAUCAAAAUUGAUGACGUAUCAUCUUCACCAGCUUCUUCUCCUGAAAGGUGCCAGGUGGAGCGAACGGCCAGUAGGGUAAAAGUUCCCCUGUGUUCUUCUACAGAAUAUGAGGAAAGAAAGAUAUACAAAGCUUACAAAUGGCUUCAGUGCUCCUACAAAGCACAUAUGGCUAGUAAGGAUGGCGAUCAUUCCUCAAAUUUGAUUGUUGAGCAUGAGGAGGAGUCACCGGGGACGAGUGAGAAAGAUGCAGUAGGCAGUAAUGAAAAUGAGGUGCACACACUAGAUAACCGGACUUCAGUGAGUCCAUCUCAUAAUAGAGAUCUUUCUGUAGAGGAUGUAAGCAAAAGUUCCAGCAGUCAGGUGGGCUUAAUUAUUGAGGGGAAUACCACUGAGGUGCAGCAGUCUAAAGACGAUCAAGACAGAGUUUCUGCUCUUGGGAAUUCUAAUAAUUCUGUAGAGUACUGUUUUGAAUCAAGAAGGGUCAACGGAAAAGCACCUUGUAAAGCACUAGGCAAUCAAAGCGAAGAAACUUGUGGGCGAAGAGCCUCUGCUGCUUUUGAUCAAAGAAACAGUCAAGACUGUCAGACAUUCUUGGGAAAGAGUUCCCAGGUAAUUACAGAAAACUCUUUUCCUGUAAUUGUAACAUGCAACAUACAUGCUGAUGGUCAAAAAAGCAUCAGUGAUAUCCAGACUCCAGCUGUAAGUGAGGAGGGUUGUACAGAGACAGUCUGUGCAAAUCAUAAUGGUCGCCUGCAUUCUACUGCAGUACAUUGCAGCAGCAGCAGACAAGGAGGAGAUCAGGAACAUACUGACCUAUCCUUAGCCAUGCACUCUGUUUGCAGUGGUAGUGGGACACAGACAGAAGGAAUCUGUCACAGACAGGACCAUUGCAUUUUAGCAGCGGACUGCAGUGCAAAUGGGGUGGGUACAAGAGAAGACAUUUCUGACUUGCAAACAAGGGAUGUUUUGUCAUGUGAUGAUUCUGAGGUUCACACUGGAUUGAAAAGACAUCGAACUGAAGCAGAAGAUGUGGACCCAGAAAACUGCCAGUCAGAGAAGAAAUUGAAAACAUGAUAACUUAAAGCACUUACUAUAAACUUAGUGUUAGGGCUGCAGAUGUGGGUGGAAGAAAUUAUGCAUUUUCAAUGAUUUUUUUUUCUUUUUUGUUCUUGUUUUCUUGGAUCUUCACUUCGGAUUUAUAAGAUUUCAUAUGGUUUGUACUGUGCACCAUUGUUAACCCUCUUGCUUACUGUUGGGAGCAUACGUGUCAUGCUUUUAUUUUUACUACAGGACAAGACUGCAACAACAUUUUCCACAAGUGUGUGAUGGUUUAAGGUUUAAUUGAUUCAGCCACCUAUUUCUCAGUGAUAAAUGCCAAGUGUAAGUUCUGUUUAGAACCAUCAUCCCCUGGGCAGCUGAUUCAGCUUGUUUACCGGGUAGCCAGUUUGACAUGUGCAGGAUGUGUGGGUCUUCAGGUAUAGAUUUCUUUGCUACAGAUACACAGUAAAGAAUUUGUAUCCCACCGCUCUUACAUCUGAUUUGUUGCUGCUGAUUGCUUCUGGUCAGAAGUGGCACUUAAGUUUGCCCGAGAGGUGUGUUGCUAAAAUUAAAGGUCAGAAUUAGAUCUGUGACAGUUACACCAUCUCAAUGGGACAGAUUGCAAAAAAAAAAAAAUCCCCAAGUUGUGGUAAAUUGGGAAAUUUAAAUCACUACAAAGCAGGCAGAAAGAUAAAACACAGCCAAAAUUUCUGAGAUCCUUUUGUCCUGGAUAGCAUUUCUCUCCUUUGCUUGCAAUGUCCGUGUCACUCAGUGUAUGGUCUUUAAAAGGUGCCUUGAAAUUUCCAGAAAUAAUGAAAAGGCAGAAUGAAUGUUUUAAAAACAGCAGUAUACUUAAUGCAGGUUGAAAACAUUGAUUUAAUGGUGAUUAAACCAAAAAAUUGGACUGAAUUAAAAUACUUUUAUGUACUACAGAAUGUGUACGAUUUACAGUUGAGGUUAGUAAAUAUUCAGUUAAAAUCUGUAACUAUUGACAGAUGAUUUGAAAGGGUUUUUUUCUUUAAAGAAGGACUAAUGGAAUGACGUUUGACUGUUCUCAGUGUUACUGCAUUGUGUCAUUCAUCAAAUGCAGGACAAGAGCAUACCUCUCAACCUCUCACAAAGCCAGGAAUAAUGGGGGGGGGGGGGUAAAGACUCAAAAAUAGAGACAGAUGUAAAAUAUUGCUCCUAUACAUUUAGAAAGUUGCUUGAAUUACAGAUUUUUAUUAUUAAAUAUUUUCUAAAGGAUAUAAAAUCUGAUCUGAAACUCAAGUAACUGUCAUUAUUUAUUAUUAUUUAGUGACUUCAAUCAUCUGAGGCAAAAAUCUGGGCAGUUGAGAGGUAUGGAAGAGGGUUCUGUAGAGCAGCAUUCUUGUGACUUUUUUUGUGACGGCAGCACAGAGGCAUGUAUUUUAAGCAUGUUUAUCUAAAAGUGAUACUGACAAAACAAAAAGGAGAGCUAAUGCUGCACAUGGGUGGUAUUUGAAAUUAAACAAAAAUAAUUACAGCCUGCACUAACAUUAUGUACAGAAAAGAAGCUUGUAACCAGAAAAAAAAGUUUGGCAAAUGUUGUACACUGUAUGGAAGUUCUGUUUAAAAAAAAUGAAACUGUUUUGGAAGUGAUGUGUAAAUUAGUAUAAAAUAAUGUAUUUUUGUUGUUUUA